AUGACUAGCACAGCAAGUGGCGCGGAGCAACAAUAUACGCAGUUCGUGGCCGAUCCAACGGUCGAAACGGGUGGACCGGAAGAGCCCGAGACAACGCGGUGCAAGGUGGGCAAGCUUAGACUCUCUGGGCAUGGUAUCAGCAUCAGCAUCAGCAUCAGCAUCAGCAUCAGCAUCAGCAUCAGCGGGUGCUUGGCAAGGAUCAGCAAGAGAGGCUUGCGAUCUAUGGAGGCGAGGAUUCGCCCUGCGGGCUUAACAGCUUUUGCAGCCGCACGAUCUCGGUGUCCCACAUCUGGCGGGAGCGAGAUGGCCGUACUCGGCUGCAACUACGAAUCGACCCUGGUUGCCGACCUGGGAACAAAACACGGGGUAGCCACUGGAGCCACCAUUAGACAGGAGCAUGGCGUGCACCGAGCACCGAGCUCCUCGACGCAGUAUGACCACGGCCACGACACGACUGGGCUGGCAAUGGAGAGGAUACCCGCCCUCCUCGACGGUUCCAGCGUCCAGCGUCCCGAAUCUGCCAUACAGCCCAAGAGCUUGUGCUUGUGCGUGAACGUUCACGGCCCGGUUCAAGGGCGAUUCGAUAGAAAAUUUUCCGAGCGUGGAGCGCGUGGCGGAUGGCGCGGGCCAGUCAAGCGAGGCCCCAAAGCACAGAUAUCGACUGCUGCAUGGGCCAGCCACCAGCCACCAGCCAACCGCCUAGGGCCGGCCAAAUUUGGGAGGCCUUUGGAGCAUCAUGCACAUCCAAGGAAGACCCUGGUCUCCUGCUCACCGGCGCAAUCGUCCGGGGCCAGGACGGAGGACGCGAGCAGCACCAUGUGGAAGGCCUGUCGGGCUAGCGUGCUGGCUCCAUAA